AUGGCUCCAGCUCCUGAAUUGGCUUCCAAGGAUUUCAUGAAAGUUCGGUCGAUCAACGUAUGGCGAGACAAACGUGACACCUAUGUGGGCUCCCCGAAACAGCUCUUCAGUGAUGUCAAUGAAAUAUUCGCUGAUAAUAAAUUGUUUGUUUCACUUCACACUUCUGAAGUUCUGCCAGGAUACCUCGUUUCCGCUCGUUGCAUGGUUCAGAAUACUCUUGCACCAGAAUUCUUCCCCCUCAGCUGCACUGUUUCAAAAAGUUUUGGAGACGAUGGAAUGCUACGGGCCUGUUUAAUGCCGGAGCACGUUGGUGAUGAUGUGACGGAAUAUCAUUGUAUCAUUAUAUUUUUUGUAUUUUAG